UUAUCAGCUGAUCAUGGUGUUUUGGAUGGAAGUUGCUUUUGGCACGGAGGGGCUCUUUCUUUAUCAUCUUAAGCAAAUCUUAAACGCCAGAGACGCCGGAAAAUAAAGCUGCAUGUAACAGCGCGCUGUCUCCAACAACGGAAACGGGGGCACCCGGAGAAAUCCGCGUUAUUAUGAACAGAUGAUGGUCAUAAGUGGUGAUCUGUUUGCUUGCUGUUGAAUCAUCGGAAAGAAAGAAAACAACGUCAGGCGAGGCUCGUGCGAGUCACUGAUAGUCUGAUGUGUGUAUCUUGACUUAUCUCGGCCUGUGAUCGCUGCCAUAAAUAGCAUAAAUGCAUGUCAUUUAACUGGCUGGACACGACAUUUCCUUUGUUCGAUGUAAUAAUUAGUAGAUUGUGCUUUGUGUGAUUCAAGAGUAAGUCAAAGGUCAGAUCAAAGUGUUGUUGUUGUUGUUUUUUUUACGACAGCAGUUAUAUGAUCGCUUUGUUCGCCUGCAUAUUGGUUAGAAGAUAAAAUACGUCUCGAAUUAAUUCAUGCUUAUAGAAGUUGACAAAAGAGCAGCAACCUGUAAGCAGUUAUUCAUUCUCGCUGUGACCGACGUACAGUUUACCCGUUUAAUUUAUUUAAGCUUUGUCACUGGCCUUUUUAUAAGUGUGCUUGUAAGUGUGUGUCUGUUAUUCGUUGAAUGGUGUUAUUUAUAAGCAUGGUGACGGUGGAAUGCGUCGAUAGCUGGAUUGCAUCACUUGUGUUUUGACAUAUCUGACGUCAGGGCUGUCGCGUGUCACUCAAACUGUAUUUAAAGUGUGCGGGAGCUUUUUUUUUUAAACAUACUACUUUGUCAUAUUUUGGACCGAUUUGGCGAUUUAACGGUGGAUUAUUCAAGAUAUUUCGAGAGGAAAGACUCAGAUCUGGCACAGUCAGAGAUCCUCGUUGAUAUUCCCAAUUUCUCCCCGCCAAUGCUGGAUCUGGAGGUCGUUCCUGAGCGAUCUUUGGGAAAUGAACAAUGGGAAUUCGCAUUAGGGAUGCCAUUGGCCCAGGCCAUUUCAAUAUUGCAGAAACACUGCCGAAUCAUCAAAAAUGUCCAGGUGCUCUACAGCGAACAAAUGCCACUCAGCCACGACCUCAUUCUCAACUUGACUCAGGAUGGAAUUAAACUGCUGUUUGACGCCUGCAACCAGAGACUGAAGGUGAUUGAAGUGUACGAUUUGAGCAAAGUGAAACUGAAAUACUGUGGAGUACAUUUUAACUCUCAGGCAAUAGCACCUACUAUUGAGCAGAUUGAUCAGUCUUUUGGUGCUACUCAUCCAGGAGUCUACAAUGCUGCCGAGCAGCUCUUCCACCUGAACUUCCGAGGGCUUUCCUUCUCUUUCCAGCUAGACUCGUGGAGUGAAGCUCCUAAAUAUGAGCCUAACUUUGCCCAUGGCUUGGCCUCCCUGCAGAUUCCCCAUGGGGCCACUGUCAAACGGAUGUACAUUUACUCUGGAAACAACCUUCAAGAAACCAAGGCUCCGGUGAUGCCUCUGGCCUGUUACCUUGGUAAUGUGUAUGCAGAAAGUGUGGAGGUGUUGAGAGAUGGGGCGGGGCCACUGGGUCUCAAACUACGCCUGCUCACUGCAGGAUGUGGCCCAGGAGUGUUGGCUGAUACGAAAGUGCGAGCCGUUGAGAGAAACAUCUACUUUGGAGAUUCCUGUCAGGAUGUUUUGAGUGCUCUUGGCUCUCCACAUAAGGUCUUCUACAAGUCGGAGGAUAAGAUGAAGAUCCAUUCACCCUCCCCUCACAAGCAAGUCCCGUCCAAGUGUAAUGACUACUUCUUUAACUAUUAUAUUCUGGGAGUGGAUAUACUGUUUGAUUCUACAACCCACCUGGUCAAAAAAUUUGUCCUUCACACCAACUAUCCCGGCCAUUACAAUUUCAACAUAUAUCAUCGGUGUGAUUUCAAGAUUCCUCUCAUCAUUAAAAAAGAUGGGGCAGAUGCACAGAGUGAGGACUGCAUUCUGACCACCUACAGCAAAUGGGAUCAGAUUCAGGAGCUGCUAGGACACCCCAUGGAAAAACCAGUUGUGCUACACAGGUCUUCUUCUGCAAACAACACCAACCCUUUUGGUUCCACAUUUUGCUUUGGACUACAGCGGAUGAUAUUUGAGGUCAUGCAGAAUAACCACAUAGCUUCUGUGACUCUUUAUGGAGCGCCUCGUCCAAGUAGCCUGGCCCGGGCCGAGCCGAGCGCCCACUGAGGAAGCCCCCAUACCCAUGGUGCCCGUCCAGCCCUGCAGAGCCUCUGAACUGACCAGCAGAGUGUGCCUUCACUCACUGCUGCCAUCACACAAGCUAAAGCGAGACAUGCUGGGAGUUACUCUGGAGUCAAACUCGCCCCGCCCCCAACCCUUCACAUUUUAAUAGAGGCCCCGAUUCGGUCUCCUCCUCCAGUAAUAGCAUGGAGGCUGCCUUCAGCCUGCUAAUGAUCCCAGAUAACCGUGCAAACCUGGCUUCGCCCCCAAAGCUUUAACCCAGACAUGCAUCAACGUUAGCAUCGGUAUAAUACUUGUGGAUGCACAGUGAUCCAUUUACACACAAGCAUAUUGUGUUUUGUUUUUUGCCUAACCUAAAAAUUUCCAUACCAGAUGCACCAAGGGCAAACAGCGAAUCGAUUUCUCCUCUGCACGCUAAACACUUUAACAAAAACGCACAUGAAUUCAACUUCAUUUGCUUUCCGACGAGCAGAGGAUGAGAGCAAAGUCAAAUGAGGACAAACUUUUUCGCAAGCAAAAGUCAAUGACGAGUGUGUUUUGUAUGCAUUUACGCGAGGUUCCAAGCACAAACUAGCACAGUAUGGAUCCAGUGCUGUGAAAAUGUUUUUGUGGCACAUGAGCAGGCUCCCAUACACACGUAACGAUUCAUAAACUCAUUAACUCAUACCAAGUCAGCGGCACAGAAUACCUCCCAUUUUAAUAGCGUACAUCCGCUUGGUUGAUUCUGUUAUUGUUUUGUUGUUCGUGAGCGCAUUCGUUUUGAACAUUUGCACUAAGAUACACCUAAUUUACUUGAUAAUUGUCUCCUGUCCACUGAGGAACGCUUUAAUUGCCGAGUCUCGGAGAGAAAGGACGGCGGGGGAGGGAACGACGACGUGCAAUCUGGAUUUCAAAGCUAGUUGCGACCCUGACUGGCGAGAAAAGCCAUCCACCCAUCGCUGUUUCUCUUUACCGCUUAAAGCCGUCAAUUCUGUUGCCGUCUUUCUUUCUUUUUUUUUGUCCACAGUACAAAGAUGUGAAGUUCUUUUACCUUAUUCAGUAUCUUAAAGUCUUAACUGCAGAAUUGUCUUCUGUCGCCUGAUUGCCAAAACGUUAGCCAAAGAAGAAACAACAGUUAGCUCUCUGUCAUUUUAAAUUUACAUCGUAAGAACAUUCCCGUUUGAUUUAAUCCAUCCAGUCCCUGAAUAGUUUUUAAUGUUUUAAAGCUUUUUGAUCUCCGGAUUUGUUGCCGUUGUUUGCGUAGUAAGUAGACGUGAUGUUUUCUGUAGCCAUGUCCAUGUCUGUACAGAUCUGUAAAUAACGUACACUGUUCUCAUGAUUUCAUUGGCCUAAUGGUACCCUUUUUAGAUCAGCUGACAUCUGGAACUUCCCUACACUGCUAACAUAUCGAGAGUUUUUGGUUUUCUUUGACAGCCCUUGAGGGAGACAGCAUCCAUUGUUGUCCUGCUGGCCUACAUUUGAUCACUUCAAGGUGGAUUUAACAGUGAUGACUAGAACGUUUUAACUGUAGUAAAUGGUUUGUUCACCUCAAACCGUUCGUUGGAGUGCUGCCUGACAGCUUAGCCACCCAAAGCCGUCAAGUUCCAGUUCUCUGAUGUCGUUUCCACCUCCCUCCAGGCUCCUGCAGUGUGUGGUUCAGGCUAAUUCGGGCAUUUUUAGCUUUCUGUUACAUUAACUGUGCUGGAAGGCCAUCAGUGGUGUUUUUAAUAUAUUUUACCCUUAGCUUUUGGUCAUUUAAAAGGAAGAUGCUAUUAACAUUGUGCCUCAUCUCCCACCGAGCCUGUCUUGACUUUUUUCCUCUGUAAAUGAAAUUGUUUGAAAAAACGCUUUGUCUAUGUCUGAGCAUGUAAAGCUAAAUUGAUAGUUUUAGUCUUUUUGUUUUUUUAAAAUCGUACCUGAAUAUUAAAGGAAAAGGAAAAACGGACUCGUUGAGUAUUGAAGUCUUGUCAAGAAAGACUAGUACUAUGCAAGCCUAUUUCCGCCAUGGAAACACAACAAAAAAUGUGAAAAGGUCAAUUGAGAAAUGUAAACUCAGAAUUGUGAGGAAAAAGUCAAUUGUUAGAUUACAAUUGUUAAAAAUUUACAAUUGUGGGAGAUAAACAAUUACUUUUUGAUUUGAUUUUUAAUUCAUGGUGGAAAUAAGCUUCCAGUUUACUCUGUUCAAAAUGCAGCAUAUGAAAAAAAUGAUGUUAUGGGUCAAAAAAAUAUAUAAAAACAUGUAGAUGGCCCUUCAUGAGUUGGGGUUCACUAAGUGGUUGUGGUGUUUCUAUUAAAAUACAACCAGUACUUUUUGAAAACAGCGUGAAGUUCCACUUUAAUAAGUUUAAAGUAAAAUAUGUUUAGAUUAAAACAUGUUUAGGGCUAAGGAUCAGAUUUAAAAUGCACAAUUGGAACCUCUGUUAUCAAUAAGGAAUAACACAACUGCUGUUUUAGUGUCAUUUAGAGUGUUUUACUACAGGAGAAAUAUGGUCUGAUGGCCUGAUUGCCUGCACAAUCUCAGGUGGAUUUUUUUUUUUUUAAUGCCAGGAGCAAGCGAAUGCUUAGUUUUCAUCAAAUGGGUUUUGGCCGUAUUGUUUUCUCUUCAGACUUUAUCCUAUUUUUGCAUCGGAAUGAAUGAAUGAAUGAUCGUCCUGAGGAUUGUAAUUAGAAAUGGACAACCUCCAUACAGUGUAAUGCGCAUAUUAAUGCUAUGUAUUGUAUCCCUCUAUAUUGUAUGUUCUUCCCCAUCCUCCAAAGUGAUUAUUUUUUGUGGAUUCAGUACAUUUAACCCAUUUCUGGAAAUGGGAUUUAUCCUCAAUUAAAAAAAAAAAAGUGUGUAUCUAAAUUGAUUGCAAUGUGGUGUUUUGUAUCUCAGAUAUUUUUACUUCUGUAGAUUUAAGAAACAUGUACGCGGAAGAU